UUCCGUUUGUUUGUUGUGAUCCUGCUAGCGACGGUUUCUAUGCGAUUCGAAGCGGGACCGUUGAAAUGAUGAAAACAGCGACCACCGAACAUUUAGGGUUGUUCGCGAAUAUAAAUAGUAAAAUGUAUGGAUAUUACAACAACAACAAAAAAAAAUAGAAUAAUUUGUAAGGAAUUAGCCAGCUAGCUAUGAAAGCUACCCGUUGGACAGUGAACUUUUCCAACUAUUCGACGUUGGCUAACUAUAGCUCGUUACCAGUAUAUGUCGCGCAACAGUCGACGUUGUUAGCUAGUUAGUACAAUCAUUCAACUAGCUAGCUAACGCCUUAACUGUCCUUGAACUCGUUGAGCUCGCUAAUCCUUAAUCUUCGGUAAUACUAAAGUUAUAUGCUCAGUAAGUGAGCUGGCAAAAAAAAGCAGAUCACUACUUGUUUGACAAAAGCGAGGUAAGCUAAACGUUAUCUAGCUUCAAAAUGCCUCCGAAGAAGCAGAAAAACCCGUCGGUGAAUAUCUCCAGCUCGCUAGAGGAGUCGGAAGAAUUCAGUCUGGAGACCACGGUGCCUACGGAAGACAUCUCGUCGUCGGACGAACGGGACCGCACCGGGACGCAGAAAGUCACCCGACAGCUCAUCGAGAGGAAAGAGCUACUGCACAACUUACAGCUGUUAAAAAUAGAGAUGUCGCAGAAAAAUCUCAUCAUAGAUAACAUGAAAGUGGACCACUUGACAAAGACGGAGGAGCUGGAGGAGAGGCUGAAUGUUGCCCUGCACCAGAAACAAGUCCUGGCUCUGAGACUGGACAGCCAGCUGCAACUCACCCAGGAUGAGGGGAGGAAGCAGCAGGCUCUGAGGAAGCAGGAGAUGGAUGGGAUCCUACUGAGACAGAAGCAGCUGGAGGAGACUAACAGACGGCUGUGUGACAAGGCAGGAGACCUGCGACGCAGCCUCAGGGACCUGGAGCUCACCGAGGACAAAUACAAGGAGCUCCGAGAUAUCCCAGAGGAGAGACUCUCUAUCACUGAAUACGUAGCGGUGAGAACUGGGGAGAGAUCCUUGUGCUGUGUGUUAAUGCAGUGUGUUGUGAGUUACGAGGAGGAGCGCAGGGUGAGGUCAGAGCUGGAGAUCAGGAACCAGAGACUAACUCUGGAGCUGGCUGACACUAAAGGGCUCAUCCAGGAGGGAGACUUCAAGCGGGACAACUACUCUAACAUCAAACGUGAGCGGGAUGCGUUUGAGUGUGAGGUGAGAGAGUUGAGGAAGAGGCUGGAGCUGCUGGAGAUGACUCAUGAGGUCCAGACCAGGGAGAGGAAUGAGCUGAGUCGAGAGGUGUCUACUCUGCAGCAGACGGUGCCCCUCCUCCAGAUGGAUAGACUACCUCUAACCCCUCUGUCCUCCAGGUGUCUACUCUGCAGCAGACGGGUGUCUACUCUGCAGCAGACGGUGCCCCUCCUCCAGAUGGAUAGACUACCUCUAACCCCUCUGUCCUCCAGGUGUCUGCAGCAGACGGUGUCUACUCUGCAGCAGACGGUGCCCCUCCUCCAGAUGGAUAGACUACCUCUAACCCCUCUCCUCCAGGUGUCUGCAGCAGACGGUGUCUACUCUGCAGCAGUCGGUGUCUACUCUGCAGCAGACGGUGCCCCUCCUCCAGAUGGAUUGACUACCUCUAACCCCUCUGUCCUCCAGGUGUCUACUCUGCAGCAGUCAGUGACCCUCCUCCAGAUGGAUCAGACUACCCUCCCUAACCCCUCUGUCCUCCAGGUGUCUACUCUGCAGCAGACGGUGUCUACUCUGCAGCAGACAGUGACCCCUCCUCCAGGUCAGGAUAGACUCCCUAACCCCUCUGUGUUCCAGGUGUCUACUCUACAGCAGACGGUGCCCUCCUCCAGAUGGAUUGAGGGAGGAGCAGACAGUGACCCUCCUCCAGAUGGAUUGACUACCUCUAACCCCUCUGUCCUCCAGGUGUCUACUCUGCAGCAGUCGGUGACCCUUCUAGAUGGAUAUUUCCACAGAGACCACUACAAGACAGAGUACGAGAAUAAACUUGCUGAGGAGCUGGAGAACAUUCGUCUGAAGACCAGCCAGGAGAUCGACAGCCUGCAGAGGACCUCAAAGGAGAUGUACGAGAGAGAGAACAGGAACCUCCGUGAGACGCGGGACAACGCAGUGCUGGAGAAGGACAGAGCGACGACAGCAGAGAGAGAGACACAGGCCAGAUACGACCAGCUACUAGAACAGUAA